ACUUCCCCCACAAUAGACUUCUCUCAAGCUUGUCAUGGCCGCAUCACCGCUUCUGCAGCAAGGAGGCUGUCCGAGUGCCUUCCAGUAUGCAGUCAUUGAGUCCUUUUCUGAGCGAGCAAGGUAAUUCAAGCCUCACCCCCCGUUCUCACGCAGAAGCUUGGCCUGCUCCGUUCAGCUACUUAAGUUACGUGACCUAGGGUCCCGCUCUUACUCUCAGCUCGGGUUUUCAUUGAGUUUUUUUUCUCCCUUCUCUUACCGCGUCAGUUCAUUGCGAUGUUGACCUUCCUCAAGCCCGCUGGUGUUCAUGUUUCAGUCGCGACCGCUGCAGAGCCAGCUAAGGUCGAGAAGGCAGUUCUCGAAGUUUCCCCUACGGAUCCGGUGCCAGACGCAUCUUCUGCCGCAGAUGUUUCUUCAAUUCAUUCAGCGAACUCGUCUUCUUCGUUGCAUUCAGCUGCUUCUAAAUCCACACACACAGAUGCCUAUGGAGCACCCUCCAAUAUGGGUUCUCCUCAAGUAGCCAGCCGGUCGCUCACGCCUGUGCAGCCCACGUCUAUGACUAUGCCACAGUCAUCUGAGCAGUCACUUUUAGUACCUCCUACCCCAGGGCGUGGUCCUGGUGCUGAAACCGUAGGCAAUGCGACCCUGGGGGUACCGAGUACAAAUCCUUAUCCCAACGCUAAAACCGGGAAGGACUUUCGUCGUUUCUCCUUCCGUUCAUUUUCCUUCUUGCGCUCCGAGUCAAAACUUCCUCAGCCAGAGCGCAAGCCUUCCCAGCACUCCGAACCUAUUCACACACAGCAAUCCAAAGCUCAUGACAAAGAGAAGAAAUCACGUGUUAGCAAGACAUUCACGGUUCGUGCACUGCAGUCCAAGGCCUCUGAUAGGCGUGCCAGGGACACCGCAGCCAUGGUUCGCUCCGUCAUUGUGGGAGAUCAUGAAAUGGUGGACGGCAGAGCAAAGAGGUCGAAACCACUCUCCAAAUCUGACCUAGCGCGUGUCAAAGCCCAGCUCCUCGAGCCAAAAUCCGCCAGAAAGAUCAUGGACCACCUGCACACAAUGUCUGCAUCAUCAACAGAUACAGGAUCUGCUAAUACUGGGCCAAUCCAUGCAGUGUGUCUUGACGCGACCGACAAGGAAAUCCAUGAGCAGCACUUUGUACAGUUUGGAUCGGUUGCUACUGCAACAACGACUGCAUUAUCUGACGCGUUGUCUAACAUGCACCUCGUCAGCCUUAUCACUGCCCCGGACAUGGGUUUUGGUGCGCCAGCAUCAUCGCCGGGACUGUUGGCAGGUGCUGUUCCGAGCGCAGCAACUAUCAUCGAUGGUCUCCAGCAAAUAACCCCGCAGUUACUUGCGUUUGGAUUUGCAACGAGCAAGGCAAUUUUGCCAGAUCACAAGGGCAUUGUCGUGCCCACAGAUCGCCUCUCUGUUUUGACGUACUGGUGGGGAUUUGAAGUCUGCAUGCCACCUCCCACGAUUGAGCACCUCAGUGCAGCUGCCUCCCCAGGUACUACCUUGCUCAAUUUGCUGACUGCACUGUCGAUUGUCAGCCCCGGCGUCCGCGAGGUAUUGCCUUUCGUUCGCUAUAUCUCUCAGUUCGUGCAGACCGAGUGGCAUAUGAUAAAGGCAGCCGAUAAGGGUAAGGGAGUUGUCUGCUGUGCUACCUGGAUCAUGCCAGCAGCGCUGGUUCCUCGACCAUGGGAUUUCCCUGACCCGCCUCCUGCAACAAUCGUAGUUGGCCCAGGCGCAAACCUUGCGCCAACUGCAUCGAGGCCUACUACAGUUGCUGCUACGCCUAAGCCUUCCGUUGAUGCGCCGCGUGCCUCGUCCGCGUACUCCAGCGAAACUGGCGAGGAAGGGGCGCGACAUGGGAUAUCGAGUGACCCUCCUGUUCUCCCAGAGCUCAAAGUCAGUUCCCCUGCAUCGAACGAAGGUACAACUUCCAUCGACCUUCAAGUUCACAAGCCUUCUGCGGAUGUCCCCAGGGAUGCCGAUUCCAUUGCUCUUUAGUCAUUUUUGCCGUCUUUCUCGUUACGGCCUGUCACGAUUUUCCUGCUGUCUUUGAAGUUACUCGCUUUGCGCCUACUUUUCCAUUUCCGACCGAUAAUCGUCUGGACUUACUAUACCCUUCUACACAUCACACUCGUUAACUACGUACCUAUUUGUCAUUCGUUUCAUCAUCGCUCGUCACGGCAGAACUUAUUUUACCAUCCCCAAUUUAUUUUACAAAGUAAUGCCUCACUGGCUCAGGGCUAUCAUAAGGGACUUCGAGAAGUCGCUUAUAUCAUUCAGGG